AUGGGAGGCUUCGAGGGCCAUCUGUAUCCGGGGCUGGCUCUCUUUCUCUAUGGGCUGUACCAUGCACUCUGUGCCUCUCGGGCCCUCAUCUGUAGCCGCCCUGCCCAGUACCCACUGCGACGACCCUGGAGUGGGGGACGAUGGGCACGACUGGGGCAAAUCCACUAUGUGGGGCUGGCAAAACUCCUGAGUGCCUGCAUCCUGGUGGUCCAGGAGCUGCACAGUGUCCAGUGGCAGCUUGUCUUUCUCAGCAAGAAGUACCCCCAGAGGAUUUUCUUCCACCGCAAGCAGUGGCAGCACAUCACGCUCUACGCCACCUUCUUCCUGAGCGGCUGUGCCGACCUGCUGAGCCAGCAUCUGCUGCCCCGGAGAUGCCCUGAGCUGGAGCGGGGAGCCCAAGCCCUGGGCAUGGCUCUGCUGCUUCCCCUCAUGGUGUCUCACCUGCAGGACACAGAAGGAGUGGAGCUGCGUGCUCACGGGCUGCUCACCCAGGCCCUGUUCCUACUGAUGCUGGUGGCCAUGGCUGAGCUCUGGGCCCCCGACUCACCGCAGCUCUGGGUGCUGAAGGCCUUCCUGUACAUGCUGGCUGGAUCGUGGCUCAUGCACAUGGGUGUCACGCUGUUCAAGCCCAUCUCUGGCCACAGGUGGAUGGACGACGACCAGCAUGAUGUGAUCUUUGUCACCACCUUCUUCUGCUGGCACGUGGUCCUUGAUGCCCUUGUGAUUCUCUGGGUCUAUGGUGCCUCCUCUGUGUGGUAUCGGUACUUCAGGGGGAAAUCUGGACUGGAGGAGCCUGGGGUGGUACCCUGUCACCUGGCUGAGAAGGUGUGGGAGGCGGAGCUGCCUGAGAGGAGGACCUAG